AUGUCGGUCCGCAAGUCCCCUCCGCCCUCGGGGCCUGGAAUGGCUGUUGCGAAGCGUGCGCGCGUCGAGGACGAUGACGAGGAGAACACGAUGACCCUGACUGUUGCGUCGUCGGGCGAGGGGCAGCGCAAGAAUGCGCUGGUGCGCACGAUUAAGCGUACAAGUGGACUCGAGGCGCCGAUCGUGUCCUUGGCUGGGGCCCACGGAGGCGAAAUCACAGCGUGCAAGUUUGACCCAAGAGGGGAAACGAUCGCAGCGUGCUCCAUUGAUCGUGGUAUCUCGUUGUGGAAGACGUACCCCCCACAUGACAACUAUGGUCUCAUCCCGCACGUGCACAAGCAGGCCGUGCUGGAUAUCGCGUUCUCACUCGACUCGAGGGUGCUCUACUCUGGCGGCGCGGACGGGUACCUCAUCGCGACUGACCUGGAGGACGGCUCGCGCGUAGCCAAGUACGCCGCGCACUUUGGUCCGCUCAACUCGAUUGCUGUGGCGAUCUCAGGAGGGCACGAGCUGGUGUUGACUGGUGGGGAUGACGGGAUUGCGCGCGUGUGGGACUUGUCGCUGGGUACCAAGGACCCAGUGGCGGAGUUUGACGACGAGCGCGACUGUCCCGUGACGGCGGUGGAGUGGAGCCACGACGGGAAUCAGUGCUUCGUGGGUGGUGUCGACAACGAGGUGAAGGUGUGGGAUCUGCGGACAGAGAAAAUGCUGUACUCGUUGAAGGGACACACGGACACUACGCUGAUCCGCUGUGCGUGGUCCAAGCACGACGGGGGACAACGGAUAGCAGCGGGUGGCGGAGACCGUACGGUGACGGUGUGGGAUGUGCAGACGGGCAAGAUCCUGUACAAACUUCCCGGCCACAAGGGCGCAGUGACCGGCGUCGACCUGCAUCCUCGGGAACCCAUCAUCCUUACGGGGUCCAAGGACUCGAACAUGCUUCUCGGCGAGCUCGACGCGCAGGACUUUUCUUGA